AGCCGUGCAAGCCAAGAAAUGGGAAAACAUAAACUUUUAAAUUUUAUAUGUUUGCUUACAUUACAAAAUACAAAAUGGUUUUUAUUAAUUAUUAUGGUGUAGUAGUCGACUAAUAGUAAACACUAAAUGUAAAUAGUCUAGGCUUAUCCGAUGCCGCAUGGUUUAGUUGUUUGUAGCUUGUGUCUGUUUUUAUUUUGACCUUAUCUUUUGUAUACAAAUAAUAUUUUUACUGAGGUUGUAAAAAAGUCUUAACAACCUAUUUACGGACUUUAAAUCAAAUGCAUGAAAAUUGCAUGUCCUUUUAGAUACUAAAAUCGAUUGUACAAAAUAUAUUGGACCUAGCGGUAGUACAAGACUUGUAAAAAGGAAAACUUUUGAAACAAUUAAGCCAAUCCAGUUUGAGGCUAUGGAACCAGAUGGUAGUGGUAGUGGUAUGGAUAAUGAAGUUGUUGCCAGUAAUUGUGAGGUCAAAGAAUCAUGUGAAUCAGAUACAUUUAAUAAUACAACAACAUCAGAAGAUACAAUUGGACUAGCAUCAAAUGGAAUUAAAAAUAUACCCAUUCCAGACAUGAAAACUUCUGAAUGUAUUGAUUAUGUACUUGAAGAUGCAGAACAUACGCCCAUUACAGACAUGAAAACUUCUGAAUGUAUUGAUAUACUUGAAGAUGCAGAACAUACGCCCAUUACAGACAUGAAAACUUCUGAAUGUAUUGAUAUACUUGAAGAUGCAGAACAUACGCCCAUUACAGACAUGAAAACUUCUGAAUGUAUUGAUAUACUUGAAGAUGCAGAACAUACGCCCAUUACAGACAUGAAAACUUCUGAAUGUAUUGAUAUACUUGAAGAUGCAGAACAUACACCCAUUACAGACAUGAAAACUUCUGAAUGUAUUGAUAUACUUGAAGAUGCAGAACAUACGCCCAUUACAGACAUGAAAACUUCUGAAUGUAUUGAUAUACUUGAAGAUGCAGAACAUACACCCAUUACAGACAUGAAAACUUCUGAAUGUAAUGAUUCUGUACUUGAAAAAGCAGUUAAACAUACGCCUAUUACAGAUAUGAAAACUUCUGAAUGUAAUUAUUCUGUACUUGAAGAUGCAGAACAUACACCCAUUACAGAUAUGAAAACUUCUAAAUGCAAUGAUUCUGUACUUGAAGAUGCAGAACACAUACCCAUUACAAAUAUGAAAACUUCUAAAUGUAAUGGUUCUGAACUUGAUGGUAACUUGUUUAAAUGUGAAGAUGCAUCUGAAAAUAAGGAUACCUUAAGUUCCUCAAAAGAUGUGUAUGAAGAUAUGCCAAAUGCUUUGGAACACAGUGUUGAUAAGUCGGAAGAUUAUCAAAAUUUUGAUCCAGGAGACUGGGUGUUUGAAAGAAGUUACAAUUUGAGGAAAAGGGAAUGUCCUUCAAUCAUGGAAAGCACCACCAUAACAGAGAAUAUAAGACCGCAGAAAAAGCAGAAAGCAGCACCAAAGACAGUGAAAGAUAAAUCUAAAAAACUCAAGAUUACAUAUUAUUGUCAGGUGUGCAAUAUUAACUUAGAAACAGCUGAUGCUUUCUCUCUGCACAAGAACACACAUGUACGAGACAGAGAUUUUAACUGUGGGCUAUGUGAGGCAGUAUUUGAUACAAACCAGGAACUAAUCGAGCAUCAUAAUACUCACAAAAAUGAAAAUUUUCUGUGUAUGAAGUGUAAAAAGGCAUUUUCAGACCCAUUGCACUACUUAAUACAUAAAUCAUCACACCUAAAAACUAAACCUUAUAACUGUUUCGAAUGUAAAUGCACAUAUUACAAACUCAGCAGCAUGAAAGCACAUAUGAGUAAUCACUUUAUUGGUGAGAUUGAAUGCAAGAUAUGUAAUCAUCUAAUAAGAAAAAAAGCAAUGUAUGGUCAUAUGAAAACGCAUAACAAAGUGGAAUGUGUUGAAUGCGGGAAGCUGCUAACUGAUACAAAGGAGAGUAUUGAUUAUCACAUGACCAUUCAUACUGGGGUGAAGAAGUUCCAGUGCCUAUAUUGCGGGAAGGGUUUCCGAAAUAUAAGCCAAAGAAAUAUCCACACUCUGUAUCAUACAAAAGAACGACGGUACAAAUGUAAUGUGUGUAAAGAAAAAUUUACACAAUCCACAGACCUGAUAAGACAUAAAGCCAAAACUCAUGGCACACCAAAAUACUUUGAAUGCAACGAUUGUGGAAAGAGAUACAAAGAAAAACAGUAUUUGAGGGUCCAUGUGAGAUUGCAUAUGAACUACUUACCUUACAAAUGCCCAUUGUGCCCACAGAAAUUCCACACAUCAACAUAUCUGAUGUUUCACACUAUGAAAGCUCAUGUCAAAGCAAAACUCUAUGAGUGUAAGGUGUGUAACAUUAAAUAUUCACGAAAAGGUACUUUAAGAAAACAUUUGUUAACAUCAAUACAUCAACAAAAAUUGUAUGGGGCGAAUAAAAGCAACAAUAGCUCAAUGUAAUAUUUGCUAAAUGAUAGUUAAUUUGACCCAAAUUUUCUAUUUUAUUUAUGAAAAUAAGGGAUGAGACGAGCAGGACGUUAAGCUGAUAGUAAUUGAUGCGCCCUGCCCAUUACAAUGCAGUGCCGCUCAGGAUUCUUGAAAAACCCCAAAAAUUCUGAACAGCACUACAACUGCGCUCGUCACCUUGCGACAUAAGAUGUUAAGUCUCAUUUGCCCAGUAAUUUCACUAGCUAUGGCGCCCUUCAGACCGAAACACAGUAAUGCUUACACAUUACUACUUCACAGCAGAAAUAGGCGCAGGUGUGGUAGCCAUAAUCUAGCCGGUAUCCGGUGCAAAGUAGCCUCCCACUGGUACCCUUCUACACUAGAUGGUCCAUUGUGGAAAUGUUGUAUACAAUAUGUUUAUGUUGAAUUCCUAUACCUAGUUCUGAAGGUAUUAAGGAGACUGUUUAUUAGAAUUUUGUUUGAUUUUUUUUUCAAAUUAAGUUUCUUAUCUUUCAUGCAAAAUAAUUUAAAUAAUUAUCAAAUAUCAAUGCCACACACCUUUGUGAAAAAAUUGGCAACACUGCAUACUACCAGCUUCAAAUUAUGAUAUUUAUUAUCAAUGAAACAUAUGACACUAUCUUACUUUGUAAGUGUAAGAUUAGUACUUCACAUACUGGUUACAAUCAAGAUACAAUGUACAUUAAAAAACAUGUUUACACUCAUAAUAUGCUUUUUGGAACACAUUUUUGUUGGACUUUUCUUUUUAGCUAUAGAUUAUAACCCUAAGGUUAUGGGGAUUCAAUAUAAACAUGUUGUAUUGAACUACCACCAACCCAAAUCUGACAAACAGUGAAGCAAUCUGCGGUCCUCACAGGAUUCUCUGAGUUCAGCGCCAUGUUUCCUGCCGAUGACAAACAUGCUGUGCAAAGGGGCUUUAGUGUUAUAAUAACUCUUUUUAACGAAGGAGCAUCCCAGCAAGUUAUGUAUUUGGCUGUGAAAGUGCCUUGCUGGUCUGCAAAUCCUUGUUGGUAAUACACGAAAGUGAAAUUAAUUAUCUGUAAGAACAGUAUUGGCACAUAAGUAAAUAAAACGGUACAAAGCCUCACACAAGCACGCGAUGGUUGCAAUACUACAAUGAUUCGGGGCAUGUGUGAGUGUCCACUUGCCGCCGUACACGGCGAAACUGGAUAUAACCGCUUGAAGAUCGCACAACAACUUAACUUUUUGUCGUAGGCCAAAAGAGGUAACAAUUUUGUCCGCUCUUAAGAAGCUUUGUCUCUGUACCGUUUAAUUACUCAUGUGUUAUUGGUACCACUAAAGGGUAUAGUAUAAGUACCACAAAGGUACUUCUGUGUACAUUCCGACUUUGUUUAUACCGUAACAGUCCUUCGUGCAUCGUUCAAGACGAAUAUAUCCUGUCUGUAAGUAAAUUCAUGUAUAAUAAUAUAAGCCUUUAUUCAGACAGUA